AUGGCCUUCCAUCGCCAGAGAACACUCUGCUUCACAACCAUUGUCACCUUAUUCCUCCUCCACCAUAUCGCCGCCGCUUCCUCCUCGCUAGUCCAAGAACAUGAUAGGUCGGCUCUCCUCCAACUCAUGAACGGACUCUCCUCCGGCUGCGGCGACGUCCCUGGCUACUGGUCACCGGACUCAGGCGUUCAACACUGCUCCUGGAAGGAGGUGAGAUGCGACAUGCGGUCCCGGGUUGUCGCCAUCUCCCUCCCUUCCCAACCCAGCAGGCGCCUCGCCGGGGUGUUGUCACCGGCGGUGGCCGGCCUCACCGAUCUCAAAGUACUUUCUCUACCUUCCCGAGGGCUCCGCGGAGAGAUACCUGGUGCGUUAUGGCGGCUGCAGAACCUGGAGGUCCUCAACCUCGCGGGCAACUCCCUCCGCGGCUCCCUUCCGGCCAUCUUCCCCAAGGGGCUGCAGAGUUUGGACCUUUCUGGCAACCAGCUCUCCGGGAGAAUCCCUCCUGGUCUCGGGGACUGCUCGCGGCUCCGGCGGCUCCGGAUGUCUUCCAAUUCGCUGGAUGGUUUCAUCCCUCCGCAGAUUGGGAGGCUUGCCGAGUUGCGGGUCUUGGAAUUGUCCGGGAACAGACUAGCCGGUGGCGUUCCGCCGGAGCUCCGGCAUUGCAGUUACCUUGUCAAGAUGGACCUCAGCAGAAAUUUACUCCAUGGGCAAGUGCCUUCCUCCAUUCUCAAGGAGCUCAAGAAGUUGAGGUUUCUGUCAUUAGCUGGGAACAAUUUCAGUGGUGAGAUACCAUCCGGUCUGGGUCAGCUGAGAUCACUCAGGGUGCUAAAUUUGUCCUCAAAUUCUCUGUCAGGAGUGGUUCCAAUUGAUCUCGUGGCACUGAGAGAUCACACCGUUCUACUCCUUGACGGUAAUCUGCUCCCUGCGAAGGUUUCCGCUCCUAUGCCAUCACCUCAAAUGGAUGAGAUUUCCCAAGUGACAGCUGAUAGUUCAGGGGUAGGUCCACCACCCCACUCUGCUGAAGUAUUUACAGUCAUCCCCCAAUACAAAAGCACCUGGGUACUUACCGAGGCAAACCGAGGCACCCCGCCUGAUGGCAGCGGCAAUGUUGGUCAUCUGAAGACCAUAGAGAUUGUUGCAAUAGCUUUGGUGUUAGUCGUCAUUGUUGCCCUUUUAGUUGUGGCCACCAUAUACGUUUUCAAAAGGAGAAGACGGACCCCGAGACAACCAAGGCGCACUGGCACUGGCGCUGGCACUAGCGCUGGCACUAGAAGGGAGAGGGAGGUGAAGGUUUUUGAUGGCGUUGACAUUGGAGCUUCCCUAACUUAUGAGGCAAUUGUCCGGGCCACUGGAAAUUUUAACGCAAGCAACUGCAUCGGCUUUGGCGGCUUUGGCGCGACGUAUAAAGCUGAGGUUGCACCUGGGGUUUUGGUGGCAGUAAAGAGGCUUUCUAUUGGGAGGCAACACGGUGCCAAGCAGUUCCAAGCAGAAGUUGAAACCCUUGGGCGGCGUCGCCAUCCUAAUCUUGUCACUCUCAUGGGGUACCAUAUCAGUGACCAAGAGACAUUCCUGAUAUACAACUAUUUGCCAGGUGGAAACUUGGAGAGGUUCAUACAGGAGAGAACUAAGAGGCAAAUUGGUUGGAGAGUGCUCCACAAAAUUGCUCUGGAUAUUGCUCAUGCUCUUGCUUUCAUGCAUGAUGAGUGCUCCCCCCGCAUUCUGCACCGAGAUGUUAAGCCAAGCAACAUAUUGCUCGACAAUGACUUCAAUGCAUAUCUCUCCGAUUUUGGAUUAGCAAAACUUCUUCGCAACUCACAAACUCAUACAACCACAAGUGUUGCUGGUACUUUUGGUUAUGUCGCGCCGGAGUAUGCAAUGACAUGCCGUGUGUCUGAUAAAGCAGAUGUUUAUAGCUAUGGGGUUCUGCUUCUUGAACUGAUCUCGGAUAAGAAAGUACUGGAUCCAUCGUUCUCUCCAUAUGGAAAUGGUUUCAACAUUAUUAGCUGGGCUAAUAAGCUAAUCCAAAGCGGUAGAGUUUCCGAGUUCUUCGUUGAGGGCUUGUGGAAUAAGGCCCCACAUGAUGACCUGGUUGAGAUUAUGAACCUGGGGGUCCUGUGCACUGUGGAGUCUCUUUCUUCUAGGCCCAAAAUGAAACAUGUUGUUCGCCGUCUAAGAGAACUCCGUCCGCCUUCUUACUAG